UACUCUUACAUGGUAUCUGCUUUCUUCGAUUCUUCUUCUCUUCCGCUGCUCUGAUCGCCUGUUCGCCAUGGCGAGCUCCCACUCUUCCACAGGCUCCACUGCCACCCACAGCGGCAACCCUUUCGCGCCCCUCUCCCCUGGUGCUCCACCGCCGGCCGCGACCAUUGCCCUCCUCAACAUCCACGGUCAUGUUCCUGUCACCCUCGACAUGAACGCGGCCAACUUCCGGCAGUGGCGCACGUUCUUUGACCUCACCUUCAAGAAGUUCGCCCUGAUGAGCCACAUCGACGGCACCCUCGACGCGAUCCUCGUGCGCCAUGAUCCACAGUGGCUCCAGAUCGACGCCUGCAUCGUGUCAUGGCUGUACUCCACGGUGGCCAAGUCCAUUAUGGACCACGUCUACAAGCCUCAGACCACCACCUACGACGUCUGGAGCUCCAUCAACAACCUCUUCCUCGACAACAGUCUCCACCGUGCCGUGCUCGCUCAACAGGAAUUUCACAACUUGUACCAGGGCGACAUGAGCAUUGCGGAGUACUGCAGCCAAGUGAAGCAGCUCGCCGACACCCUCUACGACGUCGGCGCGGCGGUCACCGACCCGGCUCUGGUGGUCAACACGCUGCACGGGCUCAACCCCAAGUUCGGCCAGGCCAUCGCCGUGCUGGGCGCUCAGAAGCCGCCUCCAACAUUCAUCGAGACCUGCUCCUACCUCCGGAAGGAGGAGACGCACAUCGCCCACUCGCUGAAGAUGGAGGCGCAAACUGCGCUCAUGGCUGCCGGCUCCAACUCCUCCGUCCCCAAGCCACCCUCCCCCACGCCGUCCUCCCCACCAUCCAAUGGCGGGGGUGCUCGCCGCAAGAAGCGCAAGGCCGGCGACAAGAACCGCGCCUCCGGCUCGACCUCGACGCCCACGUCGCGUUCCCCGGCACCAGGCACACCUUUUGCGCCGCAGUGGGCUUCUGCGUACAACCCGUGGACCGGUGUUGUUCAAGCUUGGCCGAUCAACUCUUGGCGUCCCGGCGUCCUCGGCGUCUGUCCCGGCGCCGCUCCGCCUCAGGCACUGACAGCGUUCGCUGCGCCGCCGUCCCUCCCCGAUGCCACCUCGCCAUCGGUUCCCCCGGUCUUGUUCUCUGCACUCCACGGCAUGCCAACGAACCAACCUCACGGUGGGGAAUGGUUCUUGGACACUGGGGCCACGUCUCACAUGGCUUCUUCCUCCGGAUCUGCACACCAGGAUGGCUUUGCUCCGAUGUGAUUCCACCGGUGACCUGUAUCCGCUGCACACCAAGACGUCUCCUUCCAGCACUGGCGCCCAUCAGGCUCUUCUCACGGCUACUGACACCGAGCUCUGGCACUCUCAGCUUGGUCAUUUAGGCCGUGAUUCUUUGCAUCCCAUUUUACAUUCGUUUGGCUACUCGUGCUCCAAGUCUGACAACCACACAUGCCAUGCCUGUCGUCUGGGCAAGCAUGUCCGGCUGCUAUUCUCAGAGUCCAAUAAUGUUGCUAGCUUCCCAUUUCAACUUCUCCACUGUGAUGUUUGGACCAGUCCGAUUUUGAGCAAUUCAGGUUAUAAA